UUCUGUAUACUCAUUGUGGCUACGAUAUGGGAUUGUGGAGUGAAAUAUAAAACUGUGCUGAAAUAACCUCCAUCUUGGUGUGGCUGUCAGAUUCUGGCCUCCCCCUGAUGUGACAACCAGCGCUUUUUGGUUACAGUUCUGCUCUGUGGCAUGGAUGGCUGCUGGCCGGUCCCUGAAUCUAGGUUGUCCACGAAGAGAACUCACAAACACUUUCUGCAGGUCAUCAUGUAGGCUAGGCCCUAACACAGUUAAAGAGAGCUCACAAGUACCCCAAAGUGAUGUUACUCACUGUAAUCAAAAGCGAUCUAAAGUCAAGCUGCCAAACCCAUUUCCAUGCCGACAUCACUUGUGUAAAUUCUGCAUACACCAGGAGGCAUCUGUGCAAGCCUCAAUCCCUAAUGAAAGGGAAGGCUUGGGACUAUAUAAUUCCAUCUAAUUACAUGAUAUUUGUGUGCAUCAGCCUUAUUAACAUACAGUUGUUUCCAGAAGAGUUAUCCUAAUGUAAGAGGUUUUUACUGAUCACAGUUGUUUCUAUAACCUCCUAUCCUUCUUGGCUGAGGGGUGCAAGUCUUUCUCAUGUCUGCUCUGCUGCCUUCCGGGGUUUUAGUGGUGUGGGGACAGUGGUUUUCUGGAGUGAAUUCAAUGCCCUGCUGCUCUCUGUGACCUCUGAUCUUCAUGUGACCACUGAGGUCUUUCAAUUAUGCUUCAAAAUGUGAUGAUGCAUUGGUUUUAUGAAGCUGUAUCCAACGAGCAGAUCAACAAAGGGGAGGUUUAUGGUGGACCAUCCCCAACCAGGUUGAAAGUUGAUUACUCCUGGGUUAAGAAAGUGAUGACUGGCUCAAGUCUUUCAAUAAUCUAUGUGAAUGUCAUUUGGUUACAAGCUGUUGUGAUACUAUUUUUUGCUAAUCUAUCAGAAUAUCCCUCUAUUAUCCACCAAUAAAUAAACCAUUUUAAAAUUCAUCAUUUAAUAUGCACCUGCAGCAUACAUUUGAAUACUGUCUGUCCUUUACAUUUGUAAUGAUCUGCUCUUGAUGUGUAGUAGUAGCCUAAAGUGGGUUUGGGAAAACCUGUUUACUACUAAAAUGUGUGCAUAGAGGGCUGCUGGGGAGAGCUGUGCUGGCACUUCCAAGCCAAGCUCAAACUGUAGCCUGACUGACAAAACUGUCUGAAGAUCUCUCUCUGUCAUUCCUGGAGCUACGUGUCAGCUUAAGAGGAUUCAAAGGCGAGCACAAGGGGAAUUGUAGGACUUGUUCUCCUGGACAUCAAUGUUUUUUUUGGUUUUUCAUCACAAUUUUUGGGAUUUAAACUGAGAUCGUCCCACUUAUAAAUAUUCAAUGGAUUCCAUUGGCUCUUUGGUUAGCAUUGAUGAUGAGGACCAGUCCUAUCAUGUCCGCUACAGGAUGGAUGCAUCCUGCCUGGAGCUGGCCCUGGAGGGUGAGCGGCUCUGUAAAGUGGGUGACUACCACGCUGGAGUGUCCUUCUUCGAAACAGCCAUCCAGGUUGGCACAGAGGACCUGCAGGUGCUGAGUGCAAUUUACAGCCAGCUGGGCAAUGCAUACUUCCAUCUGCACGACUACGCCAAGGCGUUAGAGUUCCACCACCACGACCUCACCUUGACCAGGACCAUCGGGGACCAGAUGGGAGAGGCUAAAUCCAGCGGUAACCUAGGCAACACAUUGAAGGUGUUGGGUAGGUUUGAUGAGGCUGUGGUCUGCUGUCAGAGACACUUAGACAUUGCCAUGGACCUGAACGACAAGGUGGGACAGGCGAGGGCGCUGUAUAACUUUGGGAAUGUGUAUCAUGCAAAAGGAAAGAGCAUCUGCUGGAGCGGGGCGGAGCCAGGAGAGUUCCCCGAGGAGGUCACUACUGCACUUAGGAAAGCAGCGGAAUAUUACCAAGCAAACUUAUCCAUAGUGAAGGAGCUUGGAGACCCGGCCGCCCAGGGCCGAACAUAUGGUAACCUUGGCAACACACACUACCUGUUAGGAAACUUCCAGAAUGCAGUGGCGUCACAUGAACAGCGCCUCCAGAUUGCCAAGGAGUUUGGCGACCGCUCAGCAGAGAGAAGGGCCUACUGCAACCUGGGGAACGCGUAUAUAUUCCUGGGUGAAUUUGAAGUGGCAGCCGAGCAUUACAAGAGGACUCUGCAGCUGGCCAGACAGCUCAAAGACCGGGCUGUAGAGGCUCAGGCCUGUUACAGUCUGGGCAACACCUACACACUCCUCCAGGACUACGAGAGGGCCAUAGACUACCACCUCAAACACCUGAUCAUAGCACAGGACCUCAACGACCGGAUUGGUGAGGGCCGGGCGUGCUGGAGUUUAGGGAACGCUCACACCGCCCUGGGGAACCAUGACCAGGCCAUGCACUUUGCUGAGAAACACCUGGAGAUCUCCAAAGAGACUGGUGACCGGAGCGGGGAGCUGACGGCCCGUAUGAACGUGUCAGACCUGCAGAUGGUGCUGGGGCUGAGCUACAGCACCAACAACUCCACCCUGUUUGAGAACCCCAUCAAGGACAUGGACCUCAACCUGCACGGAGCAAGGCCCCGGAUGGGACGGAGAAACAGCAUGGAAAACCUGGAGCUCAUGAAACUCACUCCCGACAAGAUCAAUGCUCAGAAGUGGACCAGUGACAUCCUGACCAAGCAGUCUAAACCUACCCUGGCUAAGAGCUCCUCCAAGCUGUUCUUCAUCAGCCGUCUGCGGGGGAAGAAGACCAGGGCAGGGGGCUCCAGUAAAGUCCUGCAGGACACCAGUAACACCUCCCAGAACCCUGCACAGGGACCACAGAAGAGGGCCAGUCCAGACAUGCUCGGGGACGAGGGCUUCUUUGACCUGCUAAGUCGUUUCCAGAGUAACCGGAUGGACGACCAGCGCUGUUCCAUACAAGAAAAGAGCCGUCUGUCAGUCAGUACCAGCUCCUCUGACUCUCCACCAAGAGCCAUGAGGAAAUCAGUGUCCGAGGCAGUAGCAGGCCUGGGCUCUGGGUCUGGUGCCCAGGGUCGCCGGUUAGAGGAAGGUGGAGGUGCUGGGGGUAGUUUGCCCGGCCUUCGGCUCAACAGGCACAGCAGCCAGGCUGUCCUCAGCCACCUGAUGGCUAACGCAGGCAACACGGAGCCUGACGAUGACUUCUUCGACAUGCUUGUCAAAUGCCAGGGUUCUCGUCUGGAUGACCAGCGCUGCGCCCCUCCCCCGGCCCGUGGCCCCACCGUCCCAGACGAGGACUUCUUCAGCCUCAUCACAAGGUCCCAGGCCAAACGCAUGGAUGAGCAGCGGGUCACCCUGCCCUCCGCAGCAGGCUCCGCAGCACGGCCCUGCUCCAACUGAGCCCUGCCCAUGUAGAGUACCGCGACGGGUGAACCCAGGAGACGGGGCUUCUGGAGGAAAACAGUGUGGAAGUUUCGUCCACUUGUGGAGAUGAGGACGUUGAUACUGUACUCAACAGUGGAUGGGGCUAUUUUACAUAGACCAGAACUUUUCAAUGUAUUUUCUCUCCAUAACAUAGACCAAUAAUGGUUGUUGUUGUUAGGAUCCAGAAGCCUCAUUUCCCAGUUGAAAGCACUGCCAGCAUUAAUGUAGUAGCCUAUAGGGAACACUGCAACAUUCAAAAACUAACCCACUGAGGGUUAUAGACUAUGAAAUCAACUGUUCUCAAUUUUUCCUAAGAUUUUACCUUGUACUCUGUCUGAAACUGUACUGGACCUGUAAAACUACACAGAUGAACAUGAGCUAACAUAUCAAACGAGUAGGUCCAGGGUAUUCUUUUCUAUGAUUAUGUACUCACUACAACCUGAAAAUGUAUCUUUAGAUACAAACAACUGCAGUCAUGACUCAUGUAUUUAUUGUACCUUUUUGGUAAUGAUUUAGUUUUAUUAAGUGCUUUACGUACUGCCGUUUUACUUCCCCUUGUGGCUUGAAGUGGUUGGUUUGAUUUUGCACCAUCUUUUUCUGAUGUAGACUCACAGACAGGUACAGCACUAUCUUUCCAUGUGUUUUUGAAUUGUCUAUAUGUGUAUGUUAGGCGUUGUGAGGAUACCUCAUUUAGGUAAGGAAUUAAACAAGAAAUGCUCUUUCAGCCUAAACCAUCUUUGAUAAAAUAAUGAAUACACCCAUGGGUGUGUUUCAUCCCUGAUGCUAUUUUGUACUUCCUAUAUUUGUUUUUAUGAGAUCAGAGCAAUGAACACUUGUUUAUUUAG